AUGUUCCGUUUCUCAGAUUGUGGACAAAGCAGACAGAGUAAAGGAUGUUCUUGUGUACGAGAUGUGUCAUGCUGCUUGCAGGCUUCUAGAGAUGCUCCGCGGGCUAACCAUGAAACCAUGUCGAAAAGGACGAAGCGGGCAACGGAAGUUUUCCCGGACCUUCCACCCAUCAGGGAACGCACUGUAUACCAUGGGGGCAAAAAGAUGGUUCAAUAUACAUGCAUGAAUUUUGACCACAAAAAAUACAGGAAUUCCCUUCAUAAAAAUUGUGAAUGUACCAUGGAGGACCCUGCAAAUCGCAACUGGUGGACGCAGAAGCGAUUGACAGAGAUGGUGAUUGUGAUUAGGAAGAAGCAUCUCGUGUUGAUACCGUCAAUUUUUGUUUUAAACAGUGCAUACUGGAUUAGGCCUACAGGGAAACCACUGUAA